GAUAGGCUUGUUGUGUUUAUCAGCGCUCCAAUACAGUUCUCAUAUUGCAAACAUUCAUGUUCUGUUACGCAUGACACCAUACGCAUAUUACAGCGGCCAAGGCGAAAUGAUUCACUUGAAAAAUAAUUUCUCGAACUGUUUAAGCCUAGGCCUACAGUCUAAACACAAUGCUACUCAUUUCCAGCCUAGAGACACUCACAACAAAGCCUAGCCGAGUGGAACGCGACACCUGUUCUUGGGAUGGUUUUUGUUUCAUCAUCCGCCAACUGAAUGAAACUGCAGCCAUGCCACUGAAAGAGAAGAACAUGGGUGUCAUCACCGUCCACAAAAAAGUAACCCCUGCAUGUCUCAUCAGAUCAAAGUCACCAGUGAGUAUCAAGAGGGAGCCUCUGGUCUCAGGCUCAGAGGGGAGAUCGGUGCCGUACUUUAAAGGGAAGUGUCUGAACACCACAGCCAAGAGCUGCAGGGCUGGCCCGACCGCCUGGAUCUCCUACAACUCACUCAGGAAACAGCUUGAGGUGGAGCAGCAGGACCUGAAGGCCAUCGCUCAGCCCCUGCUGGACACAGAAAGCACAUUUGUGAAGCAGGAGGUGGAGCAGAGGUUGCGUGGUCAUCAGACGCGGGACCAGUGUCGGCGGGAGCUGCUGCUGAAGCGCUGGACGGAGGAGGUGUGGACGCCCAUCCAGCGCGGCGUGGAGCAGCACAUGACCCAGGAGCACACACACCACACACCACACACACACACCCACAGGCUCAGGAGCAUGCUGCUGCACUACAUCCACCACUGCAACGCCAAGGUGCGCACACACACCACACACACCACACACACCACACCCACAGGCUCAGGAGCAUGCUGCUGCACUACAUCCACCACUGCAACGCCAAGGUGUGCUCGUGCUAACAUGGUGGAGGGCAUCAACCUGUCACUCUGUCAGUGUAUGCUGAUGAGUUGCCCUGUCUCUCCUCAGGGGUAUGUGUUCCUGGACACCUACGACCCCCAAGAGUACGACCCCUUCCUGUUAGACAGUAUCCAUGCCUACACCUCCAAGGUCACGACCCCAGUCUUGAAGGACCCCCUGUUCAUCCAAUCACGAGACAGGAUGAAGGAAAAGAGGGUGGUGCUUCGCUGCCAGACAGGCCAGGUGUACACACGGACGCAGGUGGAGGAGACCCUGAGACGGAGCCUCCACCCUCCCCCACGCUGCCGCUCUCACGAGCCCCGGCUCCAGCGCCCCUCCCUGGGCAUCCCGCCGCAGAGCGACCACUCCCCCUGGAGGCCAAACAGGGGCAAGAACGUCCUUUACGGCACCGCAGACGACGCGAGAUGUUACGAGCGACAGUGCUGGUCCACUACAAGACACUGACCCGUCCCAUUAAAACCUGCCCUCUGGAA